AUGAUUUUCUUGCGGCCGUAUGCCUGGAAGUGGAAGCCAGUGGGCGCCCGCAACACGGCGUACCUGCGCUUCUACCACCUGGCUCGGCAGCAUGAGUUGAUACAGUCCAAUGCCCUCAAGUAUCCCCGCAUUCGCCAUGAAGGCGGUGCGCCCAUGCGGAUCCCCAUCUUCCGGGAGAAGUUUAAGGAUGUUGAGAUGGGCAAGCAUGCCGACGAAGAGGUCAUCAUUCAUGGCCGGGUACAGUCUGUCCGUCGGGCCGGCAACAAGCUCAUGUUCCUCGACCUCAAAGGCGAGUUCGAGCAUGUUCAGGGACUCUGUAACUUCAAUAAGCUGCAAGUUACAGGAGUCGAGCUAGGAGAAUUUAAGGCGCUUGCCAAACUGUUGAAUAGAGGCGAUAUUGUCUCCAUCACCGGCCGAGCAACCAAAACACCGACUGGUGAACUGAGUAUCGAAGCCACAAGGCUGCCCGAGCUCCUAACUCCAGCAUUGGCUCCCCUGCCCUUCAAGCUCGAAGAUGAGGAAGUCCGGAUCCAGCACCGUCACAUUGACAUGCUGGUCAACCGCAAGACCAUCGAUACUCUCCGGCUGCGAUCGCACCUGAUCAAGUACCUCCGCGACUUCUUUCACGAGCGUGGCUUCCUCGAGUUCCAGACGCCCAUCCUCGCCGAAAACGCCAGCGGUGCCACCGCCCGGCCCUUCACCGUCACCGCGUCCGAGACCUCGGUGAACAAGAACCUUGCGAUGCGCAUCGCCCCCGAGCUCUGGCUCAAGCGUCUGGUCGUUGGCGGCGUGGACAAAGUUUUCGAGCUCGGCCCUGCUUUCCGCAACGAGGGCAUCGACCAGACGCACAACCCCGAAUUCACCAUGUGCGAGUUCUACAACGCCUACGCCAACCUGGACGACCUCAUAUCACUCACCGAGGAGCUCAUCUGCGGCGCCGCCUCACACUGCCGCGACCUGAUCGCCACCAAGCUCGACUCUUUGCCUGCCAUCGACAUGUCGCAGUAUCAGCGGCCUUUUCAACAACUCGAAUUCAUACCCGCCCUUGAAUCCGCCCUCGGCUUCAAGCUCCCCGACCUCUCCACCUCCUCAUCGCACGAGGACCUCCUCGCUCUUCUCAAGCAGCACAAAAUCGAGGUCCCGGGACUGAACAAACCCGACAUCACGCUCGCCAAGCUCCUCGACAACCUAGCCAGCGAAUUCCUCGAGCCUUACUCCCUAACCAAACCGCUCUUCAUUAUUCACCACCCAGUCUGUAUGUCACCCCUCUCCAAGAGCUUUGUCUGCCCCAAAACAGGCCAACACGUGUCCGCGCGCACGGAGCUCUUCAUCAACGGCAAGGAGCUCGCAAACAUGUACGAAGAAGAAAACGACCCGGCUUCGCAAAGGCAAAAGUUUGUGGACCAGCUCAACGCCGCCAAGCGCGAGGCUAGCUUAGCUCCCGGUGUGUACAACGAUGAAGGGGAGUCGGCAAUGGAGGUGGACGAGAGUUACGUCCAGGCCCUGGAGUCCGGACUGCCGCCAACGGGCGGGUGGGGGUGUGGGAUUGAAAGGAUGGUGAUGCUAUUUAGCGGGACGAAGAGGAUUAGUGACUGUUUGAGUUUUGGAAACUUGAGGCAUGUUACGAACGUUCCUGGAGCGGUCAGGACGGGUGAGGAUGAGGAAAAGGCAAGGGAGAUGAUGGAUGAGGUGGAGAAGAAGGGAGCGAGGGAGAGGAAACGGGAGAAGGGAAAGGAGAAGGAGAAGGAGGUUAUGGAUGUCUCCGACGGUGAGGCUUGAUUUCGCAGUUUGCCUUGGUGUUUUUUGUUGUUUGUAUGUAUCAUUGUAUGAUUAGCGUGUUAGCGA